AUCAACGUCAGCCUCGUGCCGCCCCUCGUCCUGCUGCCCGUCUUCCUGCACGUUGCUGCUCUGCACUUCCUGCUGGGGCUCGUCAUCCUGACGUCGCUGCCCGUGGUGGUGCUGUGGUACUACUACCUCACCCACCGGCGGAAGGAACGGACCCUCCUCUUCUUGAGCCUGGGCCUCUUCUCCUUGGGCUACAUGUACUAUGUGUUUCUCCAGGAGGUGGUUCCCCGAGGCCACGUUGGGUAUUCCCAAGUGGUUGCUCUCACGUGCGGGUUGAUUCUCAUGCUCGCAGCCCUGUUCCGAGCCAAGAAAGACCCCGGCUACCUUCCCAUCCCAGCAAGCAGCGAGCAGCCAUCGCGCCAGAAUCCGCCCAGCAAGAGCGUUAGAGGGAGCGCCAACGGGCUCCAUGGCGUCACCGCGUCGGGAGCUGCCAGCAGCCGUGCUGUGAACGGGGAGGCCAAAGGCCCUUCCAGGACAUCAGCUGAGGAGCCAGAGGGUGUGAAAAAGGACUGGUGCACGAAAUGCCAGCUGGUCAGGCCAGCCCGAGCAGGGCAUUGCCGGCUUUGUGGCAGGUGUGUGCGGAGACUGGACCAUCACUGUGUCUGGAUUAACAGCUGUGUAGGGGAGCAGAACCACCAAGCGUUCAUCCUUGCACUCUCCUUCUUCAUGCUCACCUCUGUGUAUGGGAUUACGCUGACCCUGCGCACCAUCUGUAGGGGCCGGACUCCAUUCGUGGCGUUGUUCUACUGCCCCGGGGCCUAUUCUGACUACAGCUCUGCUCUGUCGUUCACCUGUGUGUGGUACUGUGCCAUUGUAACAGCUGGCAUGGGAUACAUCCUCCUUAUCCAGCUGUUGAACAUCAGCUACAACGUGACCGAGAGGGAAGCUCGGCUGGCUCUGCGGGACAACACUGGGCGCAGGCUCCUGGGUGGGUUAGUGAUAGACACUGGCCAGUAUAACAGGGGUUUCCUAUGCAACUGGGGCCAUUUCUUGAGCCUGGGGUCUUCUCCUCCACAGCGCUCUGCUGAAGACAUCGUGUGACUCCCCUCUUUCUGCAGAUGACCUUGACUGACUUUCUUUAGCAGGGGAACGGCCCCUUCCACUAGGACUCCCUCCUCCCACACCCUUUCUUCACCGUUGGUGUAUGGGCUGCCUAUCCGCUGACAAUGUCGGAAGCUUUCCCAGGCAGAAUGGUUCUUCACGUGCAGCCAGCAAUAGGAUGCAGAAAGCAGUAAGCCAUACGCACAAACCUGGAGAGACUUGCUGCCUUUUCUGCUGUGAGAAACUUUGUGCAGCUCAGAUCCGCAGGAAGAAGAGCACGAGGUUUUGAGA